AUGGUGGACCUCAAAGCACUGAGCGCGAUCUGCGGCCAAUGCGUGGAGCUUGCCAGCAGGACUCCCCCCUCGCUGUGGAUUAUUUCCCUGCUAUCUACAUUUACAGGUUUCAUUCUUUUUGGAUAUACUCUUCUCAUCCUCGUAGCACCACGACCCCGCCCUCCGCUUCCCCCGGAGAAAAGAUACAAAACUAUUGCUCAAGAUGGAUCAAUUACGGAGCCCCAAUUGCUUCCUUGCUGGCAAGAUAGCCUAGGAAACCCUACGACUGAUAAUACAAAAGAAAUGGAGAAGGCGGAGCUGUUUAUGUCCGUGGUGGUUCCCGCAUUUAACGAAGAGGAGAGGUUGGGCGGGAUGCUGGAAGAGGCUGUGAAUUAUCUUGAGAGGACGUAUGGGAAACCUGCGGAAUGUCAGCAAGAUGGAACUUUGCUUAACGAGGUUACGAAAUGCGAAAGGACUCGUCGUCGUAAACUCGAUGGAGACGCAAAUGGAACCGCAAAUAGAAGCGCGGACAUGCCAGUCAGGGGAUGGGAAAUACUCGUCGUGUCGGAUGGUUCUACAGAUGGGACCGUAGAAACCGCAUUGGCCUUUGCCAAAGACCAUCAGCUUUCACCACACCCCAAGAGCCAUCCAGGACCAUGGUCAACUGUCGUUGACGCGGAAGGCGUACAUACCCCCCCGGGGACAAUCCGGGUGAUCACCCUAACGAAGAAUAGAGGGAAAGGCGGGGCUGUCACGCAUGGUAUGAGGCAUGUACGCGGCCAAUAUGUCAUCUUCGCGGACGCGGAUGGUGCCAGUCGGUUCGAUGACCUAGGAAAACUAGUAUCAGCUUGUCAACGGAUUGAAGAUGUUCAAUCUCGAGGACUUGCCGUCGGAUCCAGAGCACAUCUCGUUGGUAGCGAAGCGGUAGUUAAGCGCUCCAAACUCCGGAACUUCCUCAUGCACUCUUUUCACCUAAUCCUGCGCAUACUCACCCCACCUGCCACAGCUUCGAUAAAAGAUACCCAAUGUGGUUUCAAGCUCUUCUCUCGUGCCUCUCUACCAUACAUCAUUCCUUACAUGCACUCUGAAGGAUGGAUUUUUGACGUUGAAAUGCUUAUGCUUGCUGAAUUUGCCGGUAUUCCUGUGGCGGAGGUACCCGUUGGUUGGAGAGAGGUCAAAGGGAGCAAGUUGAAUGUCGUCUGGGAUAGUUUGGGGAUGGCGUGGGGCUUGGCUAUCUUGCGGAUGGCUUGGGGGUUUGGCGUUUAUAGACGGACUUGA